AUGGACGACAACGACAACGUCCCCGCCAAGCCCGAGGUGGAGAUCGAGGCCGAGGCCGACAAGAAGGAGGACGCGACGGCUCCCGAGCCUGUUUCUGAGCCUGCGGUCGAAGCUGGCGCGGAGGAAGCUGUGGAGACGGAGCCUGCCGCAGAAUCAACACAUACCGCUGACGAGAAGGAGGAUGAUGUGGAAGUUGAAGUUGAAGCUGAAGCUGAAGCUGCAGAGGAAGCAGAAGAAGAAGCAGAAGUAAAAACUCAAGCUGAAGUAGAAGCCCAAGCUGAAGCAGAUGCCGAAGUAGAAACUGAAGCUGAAGCUGAAGCCGAGGUCGUCCCAGCAGAAGACGACACGCCGACUGCAGACGAGGCCGCCAAUGACACCACACAAGACGAGCCCGAGCAGGCAGAUGCCAAAUCGGAAAAGGAUCUCGCGGAACAGACUUCCGAGCUAGAGCCCGCGGAUCAUGCCGACCCACAGGAGCCCGAGCCCGGGUCCGAGCCCACGCUUGAGGCCGAGGAAGAAGAGCCUCCUCAAGCCGAGUCGGAGCCACCAUCCGAAGAUCAACCUCAAGAGGGGGUUGAGGAGGAGCCGGCUCCGGAAGAGCCCCAAUCUCAGGUCGAGGAAGAAUCCGAAGAGAAAGAACCACCUCACGACGAGCCUGACGCGGAACCCGAGGUCGAGACAGUGGAGCCAGAGGCCGAGCCCGAGGUCGAGGCCGAAGAAGACGCUCAGCGAGGAAAAUCACUCCAGCCGGCGGCUGAAAUCACAUCCACCGCCGACGAGGCAGCCGAGGACCACGAGGAGCCCGCCGCCGUGCAGGGGGCCAGCCGCUCUUCCUCUUCUCUCCGCCGCACCUCAGGCAACACCGAGGCCCUCAUCCACGCCGCCGCCAAGGAGGUCCUUGAGCGCCUCGAGGCCCAGACCAUGGAGACCAUCAGGAACAGAUCGCAUUCCCGCCAGGACUCGGCCGGGUCUACCAACCACGGGACCGAGCUGCACUACGACGUCCGCUCUGGAGAAAGCCGUCGCGAAUCCUACAACACUGAACCUCGGGCUAGCCGCCGUGAGUCGUACAAAACCGAAUCGCGGGCGAGUCGCCGCGAGUCUUACAACACUCAACCCCGAAGCAGUCGUCGCGAGAGCGAAUUCCGCCCUCCUUCUGUACAUGCCGAGGAUGCCGCCGAUAGCUCCUCCCAGCACGGCGACUCGGACGUGUUCAGCGACCGCAGCCCCCGCAGCUCGCUGGGGUCGUUCGACGGCCAUGUCGACUACCACAAGGACGCAAGCCACCGCUCCUCCAAGCGCUCCUCACGCAACAUGCCCGACGACGUGUCCAUCUCCGAGAUGUCCUACUACGAUAAAGAAGAGUUCGUCCCCACCAUCCGCGGCACCAACCGCAUGCCCUUUCGCUCCCCCUCCGAUGUUCGGGCCCUGCAGUACUCCUCGCCGGCCCCCUCCGUGACGGGCUCCUACUCACCGCGCUCCGCCAAGCGCGCUCAGAUACCCACCAUCUCCCGCCUCGGCAGUCCCACCGUGUCCGGGCAAUACAGCACCAAGGGCCGCAAGACGCCCACCCGCUUCAACCCCAAGAAGGAGCCCGCGCCCCUUGUGCUGCUCCACGUCACCCUCCUUCCCCUCCGCUGGCAGUGGGCCGAGAUUCUCGAGCAGACGUCCUCCGACAUCCUGUCCCCCGAGGCCAAGACCCUGCGCGAGGCCUGGCACCACCUCCACGACCGCGUCGCCGACACUGUCUGCGAGCGCGGCAUCCUGCUCUCCCACCCGCAGGAGGACUACGAGCUCCUCGAGGAGCGCCUGCUCGAGGCCCUCGACCUACCCCUGCGCCGGCGGGCCCGCGUCCUCGAGUGCGGCCACUACAUCGGCCCUUCCAACGAGAUGACGCCCGGCGAGGACGACGACAGCGACGAGGAUGAGUACGACGAGGACGCCAGGAGGAGGAGCGGCGCGCUGGUCAAGACCCACUGGUGCCAGACGUGCCGCCACGACAUCCGCUACGAGUCGCUCGGCCCCGGCAAGAUCUUCCGCAUCAAGGUGUACGCCAGCAACGGCCUGAUGAGAACGGGCGCCUGGGCGGCCUGCUGGAAGGAGAUGGAGCGCGUCGACGUCGAGAUCGAGCCCAUUGUCGAGUCGGCCGUCCUGGACGAGCUGGAGCGCCUCGUCUUCGCCCAGUCGCAGCAGCUGCAGCUCGUCAAGCACGACCCCGCCAUCCUCGAGUCCACCGAGGGCAGGGACAUGCCCGAGGACCGUGGCAUGUCCGACUUCGACCACGGCAUGCCCUCCAUGGAACGCGACAUGCGCUCCCUGGACCGCGGCAUCCCCGCCCUGGAGGAGCCGCCGCGGCGCGAGCCCUCCCACUUGGAGGAGAACAACCUCCUCGAGCCCAGCUACGCCGAUCGCGAGGCCCACAUCGCAGCUUCUUCGCCCUCCCCGGCUGCCGGCGACGCCCGAUCGCCCUCUCCUGCUCCCAUGCCCCACUACGACGAGAGCGAGGAGCGCCGCCUCCGCGACGAGGAACGCAUGCGGGAGAUCUACGGCCACCCGCCGCCAUCCGAGUCCCAGCACCACGAGCCGGCCCCCGAGCCCCCCCAUUCGGAGUCGCGCCACGAGUCCUUUUCGGCCCAGUCCCCGCCGCCGCACCCUCCCUCCCCUGCUCCCCAGCAGCAGCAGCAGCAGCAGCAGCAGCCCGAGCCGCAACAGGCGCAGUCCCAGCAAUAUCCGCCCCACCAGCCCGCGGGCCCGGAGGCGGCCUACCCCCCGCGGCCGCAGGGUUUCCAGAACGCCGGGCUCGGCGAGCUGCUCCUCGAGGCGGCGCGCGUCUUCAUGCAGGACAAGAAGAACCUGGCCAUCGUGGUCAUGAGCCUUCUCGUGCUGUUCAUGGCGGUCCGGCCCGCGCCGAGGGAGGUCAGGGACUGGGACGGCAAGUUCGUCGAGCACCUAGCGCCCGUGGUGUCCGAGCCGCCGUCGACGGCGUCGGCGGCGCCUCCGUUGAUGGAGACUGUCCAGGCCGUUGUCGAGUCGGUCGCGUCGUCCGAGGAGGCCCCGGCGCAGGUUGUUGUUGUGCAGUCGACGGCCCCCGACGUCGAGGCUGCCGAGCUCAACGAGGUCCCGGUGGCGGAAGCAAUCGCUUCUGUCGCCAAUGAGCGGCCUGCUCAAAGUACUUCGGCGACCGCCACGUCGCAGACAUCUGCUGUGGAAGAGGAGACGCCCUCGCCGGCGGCGACAUCGUCCUCGUUGUCUGAGGAGGUGAUGGCCCCCGCGGCCCCUACCCCAGUUCACGAGACCAUCGUCACUAGGGAACUGGUCCGUAUCAUCGAGACGGUGACGGAGACGGUCAGAGCUGUGAUUACCGAGACGGAGGUCGUCAGGGUCCAGGCUACGUCUAGCGUAGUGCCUGAGGUCCUUGUUGAGGAGGAAGCUGCUGCUGCUCAGGCGGAGGCGCCUCUCGAAGAUGCUGCCGCCAAAGAGGCCUCCGCCGCCGAGACGGCUUUGCUUGUGGAGGAACCCGUGACCGAAGAGGCCCCAGCCACCGAGACGGCUCUGCCUGUUGAGGCGACUGUGGACGAACAGGUCGUCAAAGACCAAGAUGUUGUGGAGGACGAGCACGACGAGCUCUGA